UUUGCACGCAAACCAAUGAAACAACUACAAGAAGAGCUUGCUACAAAGCAAGGAUUUAAACGUACACUAAAUUGGAUUCAACUACUUGCUGUAGGUCUUGGUACUAUUAUUGGUGCCGGGAUAUUUGUAUUAAGUGGACAAGCUGCUGCAAAAUAUUCUGGUCCAUCAAUCAUCAUUUCAUUUGUUAUAACAGGCGUUAUUGCAUUAUUUUCAUCUUUGUCAUUUUCAGAACUAGGAACAAUGAUGCCUAGUUCUGGAUCAGUUUACAUAUAUGUUUAUGUAGAAUAUUUAGCAUGGUUUAUUGGAUGGAAUUCAGUGAUACUUUAUCUGUUUAGUGUUUUGACAGUAGUAGUUGCUUGGAGCAAGCAUGUUGUUUUAUUUAUUGAUAUUGUAUCUGAUUAUAAUGUAACAAGCAUGAUUAUCGAAUCACCAGUGGCUUGGAACAAAGACACGGAAGAUUUUUUUGUCACUGAUCAAGUGAUUAAUUUCGCCUGUUGUAAUUAUGUUAAUCGCAAUAAUUAUUAUCCACUUUUUCCACCAAAUAAAGGUUCAUUUAGUGAAUAUGAUGUAGCAGGAAUGCUGCAAGCAUGUACUUAUGUUUUCGUUGCAUAUGUAGGUUUUGAUUCAAUAUCAACAGUAGCACAAGAAGCAAAGUCACCAGAGACAUCACUGCCAAUUGCCAUUAUUGGAUCAACAAUUAUUUCAUUGCUACUUUAUGUUGGAAUAUGUACUGUGAUGGUUGGACUCGUUCCAUGCAACUUAUUAGACAGAGAUAGUCCUCUUGCUGAAGCAAUAAAAACUACACCUUAUGGUCUUUGGUUAUCAAUUAUUAUGAAUUUAGGUGCUAUUGCUAGUUAUACAACUGUAGCAUUGAUGGGAAUGCUCUCACAGACUCGAAUAUUUUAUGCAAUGGCUAAUGAUGGUUUACUACCACCAAUCUUUGCUAAAAUUCAUCCCCAGAGGGCAACUCCAUGGCUUUCUAUAUUAAUUAUCGGUGCAUUUUGUGCUAUUUUUUCGGGUAUUUGCCCAGUAGAUAUUCUUGACGAAACAACCUGCAUUAGCGCUCUAAUUACAUAUAUUUUUGUACAUAUUACAGU